UCACCAGACCAGGAAGGCUUCUUCAACCUGCUGAGCCACAUGCAGAGCAAUCGUAUGGAGGAGCAACGCUGUUCACUGCAGGCUGGGUCUGGCCAGACCGCUGAGAACCCAGAGGAUGCUCCGGUGCCUGAGAUGGACAGUCUUAUGGACAUGUUGGCCAGCACUCAAGGCCGCCGUAUGGAUGACCAACGUGUGACCAUCAAUGCCCUUCCUGGCUUCCAGCCUAUCGGUCCCAAGGAUGGAAUGCAGAGACGCCCUGGGACCCUCAGCCCUCAACCCCUGCUCACUCCUCAAGACCCUGCUGCACUCAACUUCCGAAGGAACAGCAGCCCUCAGCCUCAGACACAAGCCCCCUAA